AUGCGAAGAAGACGACAAUAAGAUAUCCCUUUUGGUUUGGCGGAAGUGCCAGUAGCAUGGCAGCUUGCGUUACACAUCCUUUGGAUCUUGUCAAGGUAACUCUUCACAAGUGUCUCGUAAUAGCAUAACAAACUCUUACACUCUUCUAGGUUCGUCUUCAAAUGCGCACAGGCAAUGCGCCCAAGAACAUGGUCGGCACGUUCGUCCACAUUCUUCGUCACGAUGGUCCCCUCGGUCUUUACAGCGGCAUAUCCGCCUCUCUACUACGCCAGAUGACAUAUUCAACUGUGCGAUUCGGCGUUUACGAAGAGGUCAAGACACGUCUUACACGCCGUAACGAAGGUCGCGAUCCAUCUUUUAUGACGCUCGUUGCCCUAGCCGCUGGAUCUGGUUUCGUAGGAGGUAUUGCUGGAAACUUUGCCGAUGUUCUCAACGUGCGCAUGCAACAUGAUGCUGCGCUUCCCCCUGCUGAGCGCCGAAACUACCGUCAUGCUUUUGACGGUAUGGUUCGUAUGGCGCGUGAGGAAGGGCCUAAGAGCAUGUUCCGUGGAUGGUUGCCCAACAGUGGCCGUGCCAUGUUCAUGACUGCUGGUCAGCUUGCCAGUUAUGAUGUCUCGAAGAGUUUGCUUCUCCAGUAUACGCCCAUGGAGGAUAACCUCAAGACUCACUUUACUUCUUCUUUCAUUGCUGGUCUGGUCGCUGCUACUGUAACAAGCCCUAUCGACGUUAUCAAGACUCGUGUUAUGUCUUCAGCAUAUGAUCACAACAUCCUGCACCUGAUUCGCGACAUUCACCGGACUGACGGUCUUAUGUGGAUGUUUAAAGGCUGGGUUCCCAGCUUUCUCCGACUCGGACCACAAACUAUUUGUACAUUUGUCUUCCUAGAGAUGCACCGAAAGGCCUACCGCAAGGUUAAGGGGUUGGAUACUAACCUGUAGACUUGACAUGACAUGAUAGACCAGGAAGAUGGGCAUGUUUUGGCGUUGUCGUUUUGUCGUUUCGUCACUCAAGAGCGGUGAUCAUCCUGUUGGCGUUACUGCUUUGUUACUCAAGAUCUCUUACACGAGCUUCUUGUGUGGGAACCUGUUUUGUAAAACACACUCAGCAUAGAAGAGGACAGGGGCGGGUAUAGAA